CAUCACUUAUCCACAACACAUCCAUUCACAGAAGGGACCGCUACUUGCUCGGAUAGGUUGGACUCGUCCGCUCUCUUUGACAGAAGAGUCAGCGUUUGCUCAGAGAGAACUUUUUGAGGAGAGGUUUUCACAAAACUUAGAUUGGAAAAUGAGUUUUUUUAUUUCUGUUUUGGGGACAUUUUUUGUUCAUUGUCUCGUCGAAUGGAAACCAGUCAGUGGUGGGAUGUGUUGGCUGCAGCAGAGUCAGGACCAUCGUUGUGACAUGGUGCUGAUGAGAGGGGUGACCAGGGAGGAGUGCUGCGCUGGGGGACGACUGGACACCGCGUGGUCCAACACCAGUUUGCCCAUGAAUGAAGUCAGCCUUCUGGGCUUCCUGGGUAUUGUCUCCUGUAAACCUUGUAAAGACACAUGUGAGGGAGUCCAGUGCGGCCCCAGCAAGGUCUGCAAGAUGAAGAUGGGACGGCCUCAGUGUGUGUGCUCUCCAAACUGCUCUCACGUUUCCACAGGACACGCUGUGUGUGGCAGCAAUGGCAGGUCUUACAGAAACGAGUGCGCCUUGCUCAUGGCUCGCUGCGAGGGACACCCAGACCUGGUAGUCAUGUAUCAGGGAGAGUGCAAAAAGUCGUGUUCCAACGUUGUGUGUCCGGGAACACACACCUGCGUGACCGACCAGACCAACAGUGCUCACUGUGUCAUGUGUCGCACCGCACUCUGCCCAGCACCCAUGCCAUCUGAGCAAAUGAUCUGUGGCAAUGACAACAUCACCUACAAGAGCGCCUGCCACCUCCGCAGGGCCACCUGCUUCCUCGGACGCUCCAUAGGAGUCCGUCACUAUGGCUCCUGCAGCAAUCCUCCCAAUAAAUCUCACAAGUUCCAAGGAAGUGAGGAAAACUCUGUGUAAAAAAAAAAAAGAACCCAGUAGCAUGAUCAACUUUUCACGCAACUAGCUUCCCAUCAUGACCUUCUUACUUUGACAAUCACUUCCCAAUCCUUUUUGUGCACAAAAAGAAUGAUGCAUUGAUACGAAACACCUCUGUGGGAGGAUGCACACACAGCAUUAUUGCCUCAGAAGUAUGAUAUAACGUGUUCUGGUGGAGGCCCAUAAAUGCAUGUGUCUUGAUAUGAGCUUUUUGGGAGAUGUGUGCAUAUUGUAAAUAGAAUGCCAAUACUAUUUAUUGGAGAAGAUAUUAAACUCUAUUUAUGAUUUUUUUUAUCCCAGUGAAGCAUCCAUUUAUAAUACAGAAAGCUGAUGCAACAUAUAUAUUUAUUUAUUUUUCUUUGUAUAUUGCAUUAGCAGUCACUGGCAUUGGCUUUCACAACUUCUUACAGGUUUGUAGUCUCCAAAACCAACAAACAGACCAUUAUUCAAAUAAUGCUUGUAUGUUUGAAGAGUUAAAAGACACACAACAUUUUAUACUCAGCAAUCAAGUCUAAUAUCUUUGUUGUAUGUCCUUCAGACUUUCAAAAUACCAUUGGCACAACCCUGAACUCUAUUCAAACCCUUCUGCUUGGCUUUGGUUUGUAAGUGCAUUUUUGUAGCUCAUGCAAGUUUGUUCAGGCACUGGUUUGCUGCUUUGAUCUGAUUGGGAUUGUUUGUUUUUAUGGGCUUAGCCAACAGGAAAAUAAAUGCACCACCUGAACUGAAAUUAAAUUAGUCUGGGAAUGCUCUGCAUUUGGGCCAAUUCAACAUACCUGACUGUGUAUUGUCAUCAGAACUGAGUGGAUCUGCUGUUGAUACUAGUCAAACCUGCACAUAACCACAUAAACAAACCUGUUAAACCUUCUGAACUCAAAGCAGAUGAAUGAACACUUUGAAUGGUUUUAUGAAACAUAUGAAUUAUUCCUCUGUAAAUACGAGCCGCUCGCCUCUUGAGCACCAACCUGUGUAUGUACUGUGAAAUCUGAAUGAUAAAUGAUACGUUAACGUAUUUUUGUAUUUUUUGUACCACUCUUUCAAAUCCGUAUAAAGCUUGAUAGAUGUCAAA